UGAGCCUAGUCAGUAUGACCCGAAUACUCCUCCAGACCCCGGACAGAACUCUGGUAAUGCUGAAAACAAGAACGAUCAAGAAGAAGAGGAAGAAAGGCAGGAAGAGGCCUCGACCACAAGCAGCUAGACAACAGCGAAACCCAGUCAAUGGCAGAGAGGAAGUGACGGAUGUCAUCUAUAGAGAAUGUGACAUGGACAAGUCGGGAUCCAUGAGCUCCUAUGAGAUGCGACUUGCUGUGGAGUCGGCAGGCUUUAAACUGAACAACAGGCUGAAUCAGGUCCUGGUGGCUCGCUAUGCUGAGAACGAGGCCAUAGACUUUGACAACUUCAUCUGCUGUCUGGUCAAACUGGAAGCCAUGUUUAGAUCUUUCCAGCAGCUAGACAAGGAGGGAGAAGGAGUGGCUGAGAUGAACAUCACUGAGGUGAGUCCUUUAUCUGAGAUGAAUCUCUCUGACGUGGGUCCUGGAUCUGAGAUGAAUAUCUCUGAGGUGGGUCCUGGAUCUGAGAUUAAUAUCUCUGAGGUGGGUUCUGCGUCUGAGGUGGGUCCUGGAUCUGAGAUGAAUAUCUCUGAGGUGGGUCCUGCAUCUGAGGUGAAUAUCUCUGAGCUGGGUCCUGGAUCUGAUAUGAAUAUCUUGAGGUGGGUCCUGCAUCUGAGGUGA